AAAAUUUCUCCUAAUUAUAGGCGUACGCACAUUAAUUGCUGCCCACCUGCUCAGAGAGCUCUCUCCUCAUUCUCCUUCCGAAGGAGGAAGACCGAUGCUUUCUCUCUCCUUCCUCUCGUGAAUUCACUCUCUUUGGUGCUAAAUCGCUCUCUUCUCCGGCGCUCGCUUUCUCUCUUGGUGGGUGUCACUUCUUCGCUCUCUGCUCCGGCGCUCGUGCUCGUUAAGUCUCACUCCACAAAAAUCCAACGAGACUUCAUCGUCCUCUCAGUCUCCAUCAAGAAGAAAACCCAACAGCAAGCGGCGAUCGUUUUUUGUGCAAGGGAAGAAAAGGAAAGAGCCCGACUCGGCAGAGUUCAUAUCCGCGCUCGCGCCGAGAAACACUGCUUAGCUCAUGAUGAUGGUGUCGUGUCCCAGCCAGGCCGCCACCGCUGCCGAGGACGCCUCCAUGGCGCUCGCGCUCGUCGAGGCCGCGUACCAGACGGGCAGGGGGUCGUCCACGUCUCGCCGGGGUCGGACAAGUCAAAAGCCUCCAGGGACGCGCUGGGGGCUAACGGUCGCCUGCUGUGUUUUCUUCGACCUUUAUCACAACGCUUGCUGCAACGUUCAACUUCAAUGGUGCCAAAUCGAGAAACCCCCGUCGGAUUGUACCCUAAAGCCGGCAACAACAUCCGGGACAAUCCUUCGAGACUUUCCAUGGAGACCCUUCAAAGAACCUUCUCCGACACAGCCUCCGAGCUUAGCAAAGAAGCCGCCCGCAAAGCCGAUGGCAAGGUGAGGCCGCUGCCGCUGAUCUAUGAGCUGGAGGAUGCAAAGUGCAAGUGUUGCAGGAUGUCUGAGGAGUACACGCCGGAAUCCGCAAGGCGCAUCCGGGAGAAGUUCUCGGGAAAGAUGGUGUGCGGCCUUUGCACGGAGGCGGUGCGCGUGGAGAUGGAGAGGAACGGCGGGAGGAACUGGGAGGAGUCGCCUGACACGCACAUGAGCGCGUGCAUGCUGUUCAACCGGAUUGGGCGGGCGUACCCGGUGCUCUACCAAGCGGAGGCCAUGAGAGUCAUCUUGAAGAAGAGCUCGAGCGGCGGCUGUUUGAGGGCUAAGUCUAUCAACCCUAGAGACAAAGGCGGACUGAAGAAAGCGACCAUCGCGAGGAGCUUGAGCUGCAUUCCAGCUAUCACAAGAGACCAACUACGACAGAACAACGGUCAAUUGAAGUAGGCCGAAUACUCGUGCAGAUGAGGUUCAUUGUCGAUGAGUCUGAAAGCAUAGCAAAUUAAUGAUAGUAGGCCUCGAACGGAUCUAUAUAUCGCAUCUGUCCAUAUAUACAAGCUUCAUCUUCGAUUGAAGAAAUUAGAUGCUUUCGAUUAGGAGAGAUGAGGAUUAUGAUCGAUGGUUAGUCAUGUAUGUUUGAACAAUAUAUCUUAGGAUCUUAUACAUCUGCGAAUGUAAAUAAA